AUGUCAGACACAGAAUUAAGAAGAAAUCUGAAAUUGGCACCAUCUAAUACGCUGGUAAGACGGAGCACAGAGAGCGACUUGGGGCCGUGGGUAUGGCCCUUUACAGAAGAACAGAAAAACGCAAUGGUCGAUGCGCAUAAUGAUUUGAGAAGGAUUGUAGAACCAGGGGCAUCAGAUAUGAUGAAAAUGUACUGGGAUGAGGAGUUGGCAUUGCUAGCUCAGAACUGGUCCAGUGGAUGCGUUUUUCAACACCCAACCUUUCCUAUUGACUACGGACAGAACCUUGCAACACACUCAGAUAUAGUGGACGCCAUCUACGCUUGGUAUAGCGAACACGUAUACUACGAUUACGAGACGGCAAGUUGUGAUCCAGGAAAAGUAUGUGGACACUAUACACAGGUAUGGAAACACGGGUAUAUUGACACUUAUACACAGGUGGUUUGGGCUACUACAUCCCAGGUGGGCUGUGGCACCCAGGAUUGUGGUGCAAAACACGUGACCACAUGUAAUUACCGAGUUGCUGGUAAUACUCCUGGACAACAACCAUAUCAGAGCGGGUAUCCAUGCUCACAGUGUACGUCCCCAAGCUGGUGUGAGGACAAGUUGUGCAAAUCGGGACCAUAUAACCCAGAUCUUCAUUGCUGUGACGGACAGGAGUGUGCCACCAACGUUACUGAUGGGAGUACUUGUGAAUGCAUUUGCUUUGCAGACCGUGGUGACAAGUAUUCUUGUGGAUUUCUUUUCAGAUCUUCUCAUCGAUCCAACAACAUCAACGAGAAACGACGACCUCAGCAUGAUGACUACCAAUAUUACCAUGGCAAGAACCUCGACGCUGAUAGAUAA